GCUGUCUUCGGUGUUCUGUAUUUGGAUAGAUAGAGGCUGGUGCGAUGGUUGGCUGAGGAGAACAGAAACCAGCAAAGCCCUUCACUUCAGUUCAGCCUCUCGGUGUCGUAGGUCGGAACCGAACAUGGACGCCGGGCAAUUCGUCAUCCCGAUCCUCGGCAUCGUCGGCGCCGCGGCAGCGACCUUCUACGCCGUCAGCUUCAUGGAGAUCCGGGAGAAAUCACUGGAGGACCUGGACGACAAGUACUCGGAGUACGAGGAGGGCGGCGGGCGGCAGCGCCGGGCGCGGCGGAGGUCCGGCCGCCAAGCCAAGAAGCGAAAUGAUUGACGGAUACACCAUCAGCCUGAGAAGUAAAGAGGAUAUGCGUGGCCUCUGUGUCGAUGUUCUUCACUUCCCCUCGUUUUGUGAGCGGCUUGAUGCUUAGCAGCUAAUCCAGUCUAUGUUCGACCCGUGGCCAGAGGAAAUGGGCAUUGUUCACUGCUGCUAGCUCUUUUGGCCCUGCACUUGCAUUCAGUGCUUAUGCAUUUGAUUAUACUCCUAGUACUUCUCUGCGCUGCGCAUGCUGAUUCUGAACGUGUAUGAUGCAUUGUCGAGCAUGAGUUCAUGCGGUCAGAGAUUGCCAGUUUUCUGUAAAACGAAUUGGGUAAUUGAUUGAGAAGAAUGGAUGAGAGCAUGGUUAAUAGAAUAGCCAACAAUCGGCUAUAUGAA